AUGAAGAGCAACAGCAGCCUGAAUCCUUUGUAUUUUCAGUUCACUCUGUUUGUAGACUUUGGGCCCCUCAGAUAUCUGUUCUUCAGUCUGUGUCUGUUGCUCUACAUGACUGCUGUCUCUGCUAACAUUGUCAUUAUUCUGACAGUCUGUCUGGAGAAGUCUCUGCAUCAGCCCAUGUAUAUUUUUAUCUGCUGUCUGUCUUUUAACUCUCUGUACGGCUCAGCCGGCUUCUUCCCCAGGUUUCUGACUGACAUUCUGUCUGACACUCAUUUGAUCUCACGUCCAUUAUGUUUCAUUCAGAUAUAUGUUAUUUACACCUAUGCAUCAUGUGAGGUGACUAUUCUGAGCAUCAUGGCCUACGAUAGAUUUGUUGCUAUUUGCCAGCCUUUACACUAUCACAGUAAAAUGACAUUUAAGAUGGUAACACAUCUUGUGAUUUUUGCCGUGCUCUACCCUGCAUUUGCUGUGGGUUUCAUGUUGUAUCUUACUGUUAGAUUACCGUUGUGUGGCAAUAAACUGAACAGGCUUUUCUGUUCCAACUGGCCUGUGGUUCUGCUCUCCUGUGUGGACACAACUCUGAACAACAUAGUAGGUCAGUUUGUCACGAUAACAACCAUCUUCAUCAUUCAUCAUUCAUCUUUGUUUCCUUUUGGAUCAAUCCCCGCCAAUCAGAUCCAUAACAUUCCGGAACAGACCUCAACAACAACAACAUCCUCAGAUUCCGACUCUGUGCCAUCCUCUUCACCUACUGAGCCAUCCUCAGUGUCCCCCCAGCCACCAGCCUCACCUCCACAGCCAUUGUCAACCCAACUACCACCACCUGUGUCUGCUGUGUGUGGGUCCCCACUUUCGAUGCUGCCAGAGUCACCUGUGUCCCGAGUGGGGUUGAAACGGAAGAGGAACCCGGAUGACUGGCUGGUAAAGCAGAUGGCGCAGCUAGAUGAACGCCGGAUGGACCUCCAAGAGAAGCUGGUGCAGGACACCGGCGACGAGUGCAGCAGAUUUGCCCAGGCACCUGCUGAUCUGCUACGGAAGGUGCCAGAGGGCCGGAGGUCUGAUGUCAUGUUCAAUGUGUACAAGAUGCUGUAUGACAGCAGACAUGACUGA